AUGAAAUUCACUCUCGCUACCGUCACUGGCCUCUUCGGCGUUGCUGCCCUCGCUGCCCCAGCACCCCAAGAGACGGAAGAGCCUCGCCCGUACGAGAACAUUGACAUCGCCGACCUCUCUGUCCGUAAGCAGCAAAAUGGAACAGUCACCAACGUCAGCUUCCUUCUCUCUGGCAACAACGCCACGGAUCUGGCAUGCCAGGGUGCGACCGGUGUUCCUUCCGAUGUGAUUACCUGCGGCGAGUCCAAGUACCGCUUCACAAUCCGUCCGGGCAAGGAGACUGAGUUUGCCCUGCGCAUCUACCACGAGCUUGGCCUUGCUUUCGGCUACUGGGGCGAGGGCGAUGUUUUCACAUACUGCCAUGCCGGUGGCCUUGGAGACUUGCUCUGCAACCAGGUCAACCCUACGACGAUUGUCAUUGAUAGCACUCCCCCACCUGUCAACCCCUAA